AUGAACAAUGACUACACUGAGGUCAGUCCCUCUGAUCCCUCCAUCGACACCUACACCACCCCGCUGUUCGCCGUGAAGGCCGAGAUCGGCUACCAGCACAAGAAGCGUCGCUACGUCCGCAAAGAUGGCAACUGCAAUGUCCUGUUCCGCCAUGUCCCUGAGGAGUGGCUCAUGUACGUCACCGACAUCUUUACUACGCUGGUGGAGAUCAGGUGGAGGGUUAUGUUCCUCAUCUUCACCCUCUCUUACAUUCUCUCCUGGCUCUUCUUCGGCAUCCUCUACUGGUUGAUCGCCCUGGCUAAUGGCGACAUGAAGGACCCUACCAACGCCCCUUGUAUGUACGAGGUGAGGGACUUCACUGCGGCUUUCCUAUUCUCAUUGGAGACCCAGACCUCGAUCGGUUACGGUUUUAGAGGGAUGUCGGAGAACUGCAUGGUGGCAAUCAUCGUCGUGACCGUGCAGGAUGUCAUCAGCUGUUUUAUUGAUACAUUUGUCAUCGGUAUCGCUGUGGCGGAGAUGGCAUCGACACGGAAACUGACGCAGACGGUAGGCUUCAGCAACUGCGCUGUCAUCAACCUGCGAAACGGACGUUUGUGCCUGUCAUGGAGGAUCGGGGACUUCCGCCGGCACCACAUGGUGGAGGGGACGGCUCGUGCCCAAAUCUUCCGCCCCACCAUGCAUGCCACGGGGAGGGUGGACGUCAACUACAAGGACCUGGAAAUCAAACAGAGUGAUAUCCUUUUAGCCAUACCAACCACCAUCUUCCACAUUAUUGAGCCCAGUAGUCCACUCUACCGCAUGAGCCUGGAGGAUCUUCGGAAAGACGAUUUUGAGCUUGUGGUGUCCUUCACCUACACGGAUGACUCGACGGGCAUCCUGCGCCAGACUCGCACCUCCUACACACCCGACGAGAUCCAUUGGGGACAGCUGUUCCAAGAGAUGCUGAAUGUAAACCUGGAGUACUACAAGGUAAACUAUUCCAUGUUCCACCACAUUGCUAAGGUCCUGGUUCCGGAGGUCAGUGCUGAGGAGUACGAUCAAAUAAAGCUUCGGCGUUCCCCACGUCACUCCCCGCGCCCCAAGCGCCCGAGCAUGGAUGGCACACCCCCGAUGGUGACUGUGGAACUGGUCAAAGGCACCACAGAACCUGAGGUACAGGCAGCCACGGUUGCUACUAUCGCAGCAGUUUGUGAGGACCACGGACAUUUGUGUCUUCCAAGGAACCCCAUUCUGACGUAG